UAUGCUAGUUGAUGGUUUAUGCGUUGAACUGUUAUAUCUGUGGUACUGCUUAUAUCUGAAUUAUGCUAGUUGAUGCACUGUUUAUAGUCUGUUGUGCUUAUGAUGUGUGCUGCCGAAGUGUGGUGGUAACCUCACCAACUAGCCAAAGAGGUUACCACACAUCAGGCCUUGCAUACAACCAAACACCAUGCCUUGGGUUUGUGGACUAACAUGCAGGCAACCAAACACCAGGCAGUGUGGUUCAGCCCAUGCAGGUAAGAGGGCAUGCAGGCAACCAAACAACAUGCAUAUGGUGCAUUUGAGGCUGCAUUUGCAUAGCCAGGCUGAGUAGAGAAGUGUAUGCGAUGCAGGCACUGUUGCACACGGCAACCAAACACGCCCUAUGUGUCUUCAUUCAGCUUGUCAGUGUAAGCAGGGACUUGCCAGUGGUGCCUGACAAGGGCAUCUCAGCUCAAGGUUCGCUCGGUUUACUGAACCGGACUGGGAAACCAGUGCCGUUAGAUACCUACACCUUCAGCAGGCGUUUCACGACCAACGAAGAGGGUUGGUACAAAUUCUUCACAAGAUCGACGCUAGAGAGCUACCUCAAGGAUGACUGCUUCACUCUCAGUUGCGACAUUACUGUUACAAAGCUGCGAGCCGAGGAAACGGAAGAUUGUGAUUUUGUCGAUCUCCUGUGGAAGGAGGGGGCAGAUGUGACCUUCAAAGUGGGUGGUGAGACAAUUGCCGCCCAUCGAUGGGUGCUGGCUGCCAGAUCUCUGAUCUUGAAGGCAGCAGCAGAAGCAGAGCUCCUCGGCGUGCCAGAAAGGGAGAAAAAGACGACGCCCAUGGCCACCGUAAGGAUCGACGACAUGGAGGCAAAAGUGUUCAAGGCUUUGCUCCACUACAUAUACACCGACACAUUGCCUGAUGAAAUGGACAAGGGAGAUGAGGCGGUGACAGCAAUGGCGCACCGAUUGCUUGGAGCGGCUGAUAGGUACAAGGUGGAGAGACUGAAGCUGAUCUGCGAGGAUAUGUUGUGCAAACGUGUCUCCACAAGCACGGUCAUAACCACGUUGGUGUUAGCGGAGCAGCACCACUCCCAGAGGCUCAAGGCGGCAUGCAUCGACUUCCUCAUCUCCCCAAACAAUAUGAAAGUCGUCUUGGAAAAUGGCGGUUUCAAACAUUUACAGAGCAGCUGCCCCUCUGUUCUCAUGGACCUCAUAGAAAGGGCAAAAGUGGCCUGAGACUGGUAGAAGCAAAGGACACGGUGAUCAUGGUGAUUUUGGUACCAUUCUUCUAUUUAUCACUGCAGUGUUGGUCAAUGUAAGAAGUACUACUGGUGACAAUCAACUAUGGUCCAUGCUAAUAAUACACUAAUGUGCAUUCGUUUAUGUUUGGAGUUGUAGUUGUAUUUGCUAUACAAGUAUAAUGCUUAUGAUUUCUUUUAAUGUGUAUGCCAACACUUAGAAGACUGUCGGGUGGAAAGCCUAGCUCUAGCCUCCGUGGUGGCACCCUCGAGCGCCGCCAUGGAAGCCCACGGCUCUUCUUCCUCGCCCUCUUCCAGCACCCUCUCCGACAGCACAACACCCACCACCCCCAGACGGCCUCCUAUUCCAUGCCAAGCUUUUCAUCAUCUUCCAGCUUUGCCUAGGCGGGGCCUCGAUUUCUAAAACCUUGUCCAGCGCAACCUUCACUUGAUGGUCUCCAUCCAAUCUCAUCCCAAACAAUCACUGCCAUAUCUUUAUCUUCUUCCACUCAAACUCUCUCAUCUCGACUACACCUUACUGGCUGCACUGGUGAAGUUUCGCUUCGGUGGUCAUGCUACUAGCUUGAGCUAAUGAAUACGCCAGCUCAAUCGUGAAGCUGACACCUGAUGCUUGUCUUGGAUCCUUCAGUUCUUUAAUUAAGUAAAUAACAGUAGUAAUCCUCCAGAUCAUGUCAUGAUAAAAUAUAUUCAUACCGGACUCGAGAUAUCCCACAAAAGCAAUAAGUAAUUUUCCGAUUUGCGAUGAAAAUAAAAA